GCACGAAGGACAACCGCAACGUGCUGGUGGUGCUGGUGCUGGUGCUGGUGCUGACCGACUGCUGCUGUGCUGCUGCUGGUUGCUGUGCUUGCUUCGCUGUGACUCGAGGAUGGAGUCGUUACCUGCACGAAGACGGCAGCUCGCCCUCUUCACACACAAGCUGGAGCAAACCGGCGGCACAUCGGCGCUGCUCUCCGGUUUCGCCCUCGUGGCCAUGGUGGAGUUGAACUUGCCAGAGGGACGUACACAUGUGGAAGAGUUUGACAACAACCCAGUGUUCUACAUCUUUUCUGCAGUAACGUCGGUGCUGAUCGCGCUCCAUCUGUUCGCACUGAUGGUGUCAACCAGCGUACUUCCCUAUCUCAAAAGUGCCAUCGAAGACAUUGAUCAUCACCUUGCACAGAGAGCACUCACCGCCCGCGCAAAGGGCCAAGCCCUGCACAAUCUCAUCGGGCCCCAAGACACUCUGUUUGAUGAUACAACCGACACUUCCCACGAUAAUGGGUUGCUGGAGCGUGUGAAGCACUUGGACCAGUUCUCGUCGUACAUCAGCAAAGCGUGGUUCUUUGCCAAUGGCGUCGGCAUUGCGCUUUUCCUUCUCCAGCUCGCCCUCAUCUCAUACAUCAAGUUUCUGGCGCACACCCCUGGUGCUGGGUGGACUGGCGUGGGCACCCUGAGCCCGGCAUUUGUCCUGUUUAUGGUUUUCAUCUAUCGCUUCUAUCGCAAGAUUGUGGGCUCCCAAUCAACGGUCCUCAAGGCCACCGCAGAGCAGGUGGAGCAAGCGGCAAACGACUACGACCAGACCAACACGGUUGCGUUCCAGCUGCCUCGCAUUGAGUCCAACUUGUCCAAUUUGAGCUUCCACUCGUUGCCGAGCGAGCAGACACCGACGCCAAGCAUCCGAUCACAGCACAGCGAGCACGGCGAGCACAGUGAUGCAACACAGCAACAACGGCGCCAGCAGCAGGGGCAACGGCAAUACAGCGAACAGCAGCGGCCGUCUCCCAACCGCCUGAGCGUUCCCACGUUUGGUUCGCCCAUGCUCAAGCGACGCACGUCCUCGCAGUACUCGUCCCCUUCCACGCUCUCCGAAGCAAGCAACGAGGACCAGCGCUCCUCGGUCGUCUAGCAGUCGCUGUGUUUGGUUGUGUGCGUUUAUACGUUUGUUAUGUGUUUGUGUACAUGUGUAUAUCUUUUGUAUGUUUAUCUGUCUGUGGCACAGACACACUCACACAGACACACUCACAAACAAACACACAAGCAGACAGACAAAUUCGUACUUCCGUGCUCACAAUCGCGCACACUACAUGCCGUGUCCCUUCACCAUUGUUUCUGACACUGCCUUGUCUGACAUACGUAAUUGUUGCUGCUUCUGCUGCUGUACAUACCUGUCAUGUGAAUGAGUGGAUGUGUGAGUGACCGCGCGUAAAUCCGUGAGCGAU